GAAGGUGUUUGAUUGGAGGACGAUCAGGAAGCCAUUCAUCAACAAAACAAGAUGGCUGACGUGAUAGAGCUGCACAAACUCAAGCUUGCCGAGCUGAGGCAGGAGUGUGAAGCCAGAGGGCUGGAGACCAAGGGAAACAAGGGAGAGCUGAUCGCACGCCUACAGGCCUACCUGGACGAGCACGAUGAAGAUGUGGACGUGGACGACGUGCUGGCAGAUGACUCCGUGGACUUCGCAAAAGGGGAAAUUGUAGACAACGGCAAAGACGUCAAAGAAUCGGAAUCUCCUGUGGCUGAGUUGCCCACUGAAAAGAAGAUUGUGAAGAUAUGUCCUCCAGCGACUGCCAGUGAACGACUACAGAAACGCGCUGAACGUUUCAAUCUGCCGGCAUCAACUGAAGACAAGAAGGUUCAGCGUGCCGCCAGGUUUGGGUUACCGAUCAGUGUUUCAAGUCCAUCCACAGGCGCCGUCGUGGCCGGCAGCGCUCCGGUCAACAUGGAUCAGCUGAAGAAGCGGGCGGAGAGAUUCGGCAUGAAUGUGUCGUCGCUUUCACAAAAGAUGGAAGCGGAUGAGAAGCUGAUCAAAAGGAAGGAAAGGUUUGGCAUCCUGACGGGCGGCGGGGCGGCUGGCUCGGCGGACAUCCAGGCAAAGAAAAUGAAGCGUGCUGCACGAUUUGGAAUAGUGUAAAGUUUGGGUGUAUUUUAUGUUUUGUCUUUAAUUUUUGGGCGCCAGGAUUCUGAGUGAUGGCCAUGGUCACAGACUGACUAAUCAAAGAAAUACAAAUGUUGAGUUAAUGGUCAGAAAUUGUUGAAUUAGUGGAAACUGGAAGGAUUUUUUUUGUCUGCUUAUUCUCUUUUUUUUUUUUUUCUGCCUUUUUCCAUUGUUUUCUUUCACACUUCCCAAAUGUUUGACAGAGUCAAAUGAUGAUGACCUAAUUUUGUUUUUGUGUAGUUGCAGAUGUUUCCCCAAUACAUAUUGUCAAAUCUUCGUGCACUGUAUCUGAAUGAGCACAACUUCCACCUUGCAGCCCCGUUUCCAUUCGGAACUCGAGUCUCUGGCUACUUGCAGCUUUGCCCAAAAGGCAUUAGAUCAUUGGCUACUACAAAAAAAACGUGCAGCAUUAGUUUUUCUUUCGUUCAUCUUUCAGGGGCCUCACAAUACUGAGUUCAUCAGCUUAACGAAAGGGCAAGCCGAACUGACGCAGGUUGACAUCGAAUCCUUUUUGAAUGCGACACCUCAUGAAAUCUGUGUUCGUUCUGGAAUGGGGAAAAAAAGCCCUCCAAUUGUGCUCAUAAAAGCUCACGAAAUUGAGAGAAUUUUGCAGGGGAAGUUGGAACUGUUAUAUAUUCAAGAGCAAGUCACUAUAAAAACUUUGAGGUCUCCUUUUUUAUCCCUAAAAUACUGAUUGGAGGGCAACAAAUGUUUUCAGGUAAUCACAUUAGAGGAUAUAACUCGGGAUUGUUUUGUUUGUGUCGAAUUGUACUUUUGGUGUAACCUAUAACUGCUUGAAGGUUCACUACUUCAGUUAUCUGUGCAUUUUAUAAAAUAAAAGGUUUUCAAUUUUCUUA